AUGAGCUCUCAAGUAGUAAGGAGAGAGCGGAGAGAAAGGUCAAGAUUCACUCCUCAAACUUCUCAGCAAACAUGGGUACCAAGAGGAACCUCCUCUACCUCGGUGUUGGUAAACGAGACUGCUUUUACUCCUAAUCCAAGCUUAAAUCCGGAAAGCCUUGACGCUGGUGCCGGACGCCGUCCUGUUCAUCAGCAAAGACAGCACCAAAGAAGUAAUGUCUCGGGUCCUCCUCCUUAUAGCCGUCAAAGAAGGAAUAAUGAUUCUAGACCUGUUAACCGUCAGAGAGGUGGUUCUAGGGGUCACUUGGGUCAGACUGUGAAUGAGGGAACAAGGCCGGAUACUGUGUUGACAGACCCAAAUCUGCCUCAGCUUGUGCAAGAGAUACAGGAUAAGCUAACGAAGGGAUCUAUUGAGUGUAUGAUUUGUUAUGACAUGGUUAGGCGGUCUGCUAAUAUAUGGUCUUGCUCCAGCUGUUACUCCAUUUUCCACCUCAAUUGUAUUAAGAAAUGGGCUCGAGCACCGAUUUCGAUUGAUUUGAUGGCGGAUAAAACUGAAGGUAAUAAUUGGAGAUGUCCAGGUUGUCAAUUUGUUCAGUUGACAUCUUCGAAAGAGAUUGUGUAUCGAUGCUUUUGCGGAAAGAGGAAAGACCCACCAACUGAUCCAUAUAUGACUCCUCACUCUUGUGUAGAUCCAUGUGGGAAGCCCCUGGAGAAAGAGUUUGUACCAGAUGAGAUGGCGAAAGAAGAUUGUUGUCCUCAUGUUUGUGUUUUGCAGUGUCAUCCCGGUCCAUGUCCUCCAUGCAAGGCGUUUGCUCCACCUCGUAGCUGUCCUUGUGGAAAGAAGAUGAUCAGAACUAGAUGCUCGGAACGAAAAUCUAAUCUGACUUGUGGGCAGAGUUGCGAUAAGCUUCUCAACUGUGGCCGUCAUCGAUGUGAAAGGGCAUGUCAUGUUGGUCUCUGUGAUCCUUGUCAGGUACCAGUCAACGCCUCCUGCUUUUGCAAGAAAACAGUGGAGAAUGUCAUUUGCGGUGAUAUGAAUGUGAAGGGAGAGGUGAAAGCAGAAGAUGGUGUGUUUUCAUGCAAUUUGAACUGUGAGAAGCAGCUUGAGUGUAGUAAUCAUUACUGCCGUGAGAUUUGCCAUCCUGGGCCUUGUGGGGACUGUGAGUUCCUGCCUAGUAGCAUUAAAACAUGCUUCUGUGGGAAGACGGGUUUGGAAGAGGAGAGACAAAGUUGCCUUGAUCCGAUUCCUUCCUGCUCAAACAUUUGCAGCAAGCUUCUUCCUUGUGGGCUGCAUAACUGCAAGGAGACAUGUCAUUCAGGUGAUUGUUUGCCUUGUUUAGUCCAGGUCAGCCAGAAAUGCCGGUGCAGGUCAACAUCUCGGACUGUGGAAUGCUACAAAACAGUUUCAGGGACAGAGAAGUUCAUUUGUGCCAAACAAUGUGGCCGUAAGAAAAAUUGUGGGAGGCAUAGGUGUAGUGAGCGUUGCUGCCCUCUCUUGAAUCACCCAAAGAAUGAUGAUAUGUCUGGUGAUUCUGAUCUGCACCUCUGCCAAAUACCUUGUGGAAAGAGACUAAGGUGCGGACAGCAUUCCUGUGAAACUCUUUGUCACAGUGGUCACUGUCCUUCUUGUCUCGAGAUGAUUUUCACUGAUCUUGCAUGUGCCUGUGGAAAGACUUCAAUUCCUCCUCCGUUACCAUGUGGCACACCUGUCCCGAGCUGUCAACUUCCUUGCUCAGUUCCUCAGCCUUGUGGCCAUUCUGCUACUCAUGGUUGCCAUUUCGGAGAUUGCUUGCCUUGUUCAGCGCCUGUAGAGAAGAAAUGCGUUGGCGGUCAUGUGAUUCUCAGGAAUAUACCUUGUGGAUUGAAAGACAUUAGAUGUGACAAAAUUUGUGGAAAGACACGGCGUUGUGGCAUGCAUGCUUGUGCCAGGACUUGUCACCCUGAACCUUGUGACAACAGUGGUAACACAUCCGAAACUGGUUUGCGUGUUACUUGUGGACAGAAGUGUGGUGCUCCUAGAAGAGACUGCAGACACGCUUGUGCAGCUCUGUGCCAUCCUUCUGCGCCUUGUCCUGAUCAGAGAUGUAAAUUUCCACUCACAAUUACUUGCUCGUGUGGUCGCAUAACAACUACUGUCCCUUGUGACGCUGGAGGAGGAAGUGCUGGUGGUUUUAACGGUGACUCCAUUUAUGAAACCUCCAUUUUGCAGAAGCUUCCGGUGCCCCUCCAACCUGUUGAGUCAAAUGGAAAUAGGAUCCCUCUUGGGCAGAGAAAGCUUACAUGUGAUGAAGAGUGUGCUAAGCUGGAGCGUAAACGGGUUCUUCAAGAUGCAUUUGAUAUUACUCCUCCAAAUCUAGACGCUUUACAUUUUGGUGACAAUUCCGCCAUGACUGAGAUCAUUUCAGAUCUUUAUAGACGUGACCCAAAGUGGGUUCUAGCGGUUGAAGAGCGGUGCAAGUUCUUGGUACUCGGAAAGGCCAAAAGUAGCACAAGUAGUGCGAUAAAGCUUCAUAUCUUCUGUCAUAUGGAAAAGGAUAAAAGAGAUGUGGUUCGGUUGAUAGCUGAGAGGUGGAAACUCGCUGUUAGCAAUGCCGGAUGGGAACCAAAACGCUUUACAGUGGUUUACGUUACACAGAAGUCGAAACCCCCGACAAGGAUCAUCGGAGUCAAAGGUGUUAAAUCAGCAGGCGGGCCCCACGCAUCGGCCUUUGAUCCACUGGUGGAUAUGGAUCCUAGACUCGUGGUUUGUUUUAUGGAUCUCCCGAGGGAAGCUAACAUCAACGCUUUGGUUCUAAGAUUUGGAGGCGAAUGCGAGCUUGUUUGGUUAAAUGACAAGAAUGCACUAGCCGUUUUCCACGAUCCUGCUCGAGCUGCCACUGCCAUGAGAAGGCUUGAUCACGGUUCUGUGUACCAAGGAGCAGUCGUCGUGGUACAGAACCCAGGACAAUCUCCGUCCCUCAGUAGCGCAUGGGGAGUACCCGGUGGCUCGGUUAGGGAAUUUCAAAGAGGAAAUCCGUGGAAUAAGGCUGUGGUUAAGGAAUCUGAUGACUCUUGGGGAACUGAAGAUUCACCCAUUGGAGGAUCUGUGUGGAAACCAACAAAGGAAAACACUUUGAUCACUCCUUUAGUCAACCGUUGGACCGUUCUUGAGCCGAAGAAAGCUGUUCCGUUGGAGCCGCUAGCUCAGGCUCAGACCGAUGGGACAAGUAGUUCGAAAGCUGCUGGUAAGCAACCUGAACAGACCGAAGUGGUCGAUGAUUGGGAGAAAGUAUGUGAUUGA